GCGUCUCAAACUUGGGACGGGCGUCCCAUUUGAAAUUGGUUGUUUGGGACGGCCGUCUCGACCCUUGGGACGAAUGUCUCAAGCUUUUCAAGUUGGUUUUCAUGUUUUUUGAUGAGAAGGAGGAUAGGACUCCAUUCAUUGAUGUUUUAAUGCAUGUAAUGUUUCAUGAUGUGCAUCCUAUGAUCUAUUUCGAUUAA